CAUGGGCUUUUUGUUUUCAUUUGUGUUUGGCUAUCUAUGAUUCUCAGAAUCAGUUUAAGAAUUGGUUGAUUCUGAAGAAUUCUAAACAAUGGAAAAUUUUCAGAAAAUCAGAUUCCAGUGAGGAGAAUCCGCACCGGACUCUCCUCAAAAUUGCCUGAUAUUUGUGGCCAAGGAUCAUGGACGACGAACAACAGGACUUUUGUGUGGUUGGCUCACUCAACUUAACUACCCUUGGUGAUGAUUGGAACCGAGCAGCACGCAAUUUGAGCCGGCGAUGAAGGAAUACUGUUCGCCUUAUUUUGAUCCUGAAUAUGAGACCCUAAGCAUCCGAAUAAAUCCUCCAAGGGUGUCGGUGGACAAUAUUAGCUGCAAGGAUUGCACCGUAGUGAAGGUUGAUAGUGUCAACAAACCAGGAAUACUUCUGGAGGUUGUGCAAAUAUUGUCUGAUUUUGAUCUCAUUAUCACUAAAGCUUACGUAUCCUCCGAUGGCCGGUGGUUCAUGGAUGUUUUUCACGUCACCGAUCAACAUGGAAACAAAGUUACAGAUUGUAACACUAUUGGUUGCAUUGAAAAGGCUCUUGGACCAAAGGGCUACACUUCAGGCGUGUUAAGGACAUGGCCAGGGGAAAAUGCAGGAAUGAAUUACACAGCUAUUGAGCUUAUAGGCAGGGACCGGCCGGGUCUUCUGUCUGAAAUUUCGGCUGUCCUUGCUGAUCUCCAUUUCAAUGUAGCUGCUGCUGAGGUAUGGACUCAUAACCAGCGCACAGCAUGCAUUCUUUAUGUGAAUAUUGACAAAGCCACGGAUGAUGAUGAUCGUUCAAGGUUGACCGUCAUCGAGGAACGCCUCAGAAACAUUCUUCUCCUAGCAGGUGAGGAUGACGAUAAAAAAAACAUAGCUCAUACGACAAGCGUCUUUGUUGGUAGGACCCACUUGGACCGCCGGCUGCAUCAGAUGUUCUUUGCUGAUCACAGGGACUGUGAUGAGGAUGACUUGGUUGUCAAUCCACAUUCUUCUUUGUUCAAACCAAAAGUCGCAAUUGAUCACUGUGCAGAGAAGGAUUACUGGGUGGUAACUGUCAGGUGCAAAGACAGGCCUAAGCUCAUGUUUGACAUAGUGUGCACCCUGACAGACAUGCACUUUGUUGUUUUCCAUGCUGCUGUCUCUUCUGACGCUCCUUAUGCUUCACAGGAAUACUAUAUACGCCAUAUGGAUGGAUGCACUUUGCAGACCGAAAAGGAAAAGGAAAGAGUUGUCAAGUGUCUCGAAGCGGCUAUUCAACGUAGAGUAAGUGAGGGCUUGAGACUGGAACUAAGCGCAAAUGACCGAGUAGGGCUGCUGUCGGACGUGACAAGAAUUCUGAGAGAAAAUGGGCUCGUAGUUACAAGAGCCCGCGUCUCAACCGUUGGGGAACAGGGCAUAAAUGUCUUUUACAUCAGAGAUUCAGAUUCUUCUGGGAAUCUGGCGACUGUUGUGGAGCGCCUGCGUCAAGAAUUUGGGCAAAGGAUGAUGAUGCUGGAGGUGAAGAAAGUGUCGCCCCUGUGUGCGAAGGCGCCUGAGAUUGCGCCACGUGGCGGCUGGGCCAGGUCUCGCUUCCUCCUCCUCGGGGGCUUUCUUGCUAAAUUCCUCUCAAUCAAAGUAUGCGAGUAAAAUGGAGCAUCAUAUAUAUUGACUGAAAUUUUUUUACGGUUAAAAUCACGAUUUCGACCGUCUGUGAAUUUGCACACAUAGACGAUAAUUAUUUGUAAAUAUACAGAGUUUACAAAUAUUAUUUACAGAUAAUGGUUAUCAGUAAUGUCGAUUGUAAUGAAGUUCUAGCAUUUAU